AUGAGUGAACAGUACGACGUUGUUGUCAUUGGUGCCGGUCCUGGAGGAUAUGCUGCAGCAAUCCGUUGCGCCCAACUGGGAUUAUCAACCGCAUGUAUCGAAAAAGACAAAGGCAAAGAUGGUGAACCCACUCUGGGUGGGACCUGCCUGAAUUGGGGCUGUAUCCCGUCCAAAGCCUUGUUAGACACUUCACACAAGUAUAUUGAGGCGAAAGAGCACUUCGCUGACAUCGGCAUUACCACCAGUAAUGUCGAAGUGGAUGUGCCCAAAAUGAUCGCGCGCAAAGACGAAGUCGUGAAAGGCCUGACCGGCGGUAUCGCCGGCCUGUUCAAAGGUAAUGGGGUCACCGCACUUUAUGGCACAGGCAAACUCCUGGCCAACAAACAGGUUGCUUUUACCGACCACGACGGCAAUGAAUCCAUGCUGCAGGCUGAACAUGUCAUUCUUGCACCAGGAUCUGUACCCGUCUCAAUCAAACCCGCACCGCUUACAGAAGACUUUAUUGUCGACUCUACCGGCGCACUGGAAUUCACCGAGGUACCUAAGCGUCUGGGUGUCAUUGGUGCUGGUGUCAUCGGCCUGGAACUCGGCAGCGUAUGGCAGCGUCUGGGCGCUGAAGUUGUGAUCCUGGAAGCACUGGAAGAAUUCCUGCCCAUGGCAGAUGAGCGCAUCGCACGAGAUGCUAAAAAGAUUCUCACCAAUCAGGGUUUAGACAUUCGCCUGGGCACACGAGUGAUUGGCGCCGAAGUUAAAGAUGGUGCGGUUGAAGUGAGUUAUCAGGACAGUGAAGGCGAUCAGUCGCUACAGGUCGAUAAACUUAUCGUUGCUGUUGGUCGACGGCCGUUUACUGAAGACCUGCUGUCGCCCGACUGUGGCGUCAAUCUGGACGAACGUGGUUUCCUCUACGUUAAUGAUCUCUGCCAGACUGAUGCGCCAAAUGUCUAUGCAGUGGGAGAUGUUGUCCGUGGCCCGAUGUUGGCCCACAAAGGUACCGCAGAAGGUGUGAUGGUGGCUGAACGCAUCGCCGGAUUUAAGCCCCUGGUAAACUACGAUACAAUUCCCAGUGUUAUUUAUACACAUCCCGAAAUUGCCUGGGUGGGCAAAACAGAGCAACAGCUCAAAGCUGACGGUGACAACUAUAAAGUGGGCAGCUUUCCAUUUGCUGCCAGCGGUCGAGCUCUGGCUGCUAAUGAUACCCAGGGAAGCGUUAAGGUGAUUGCCGACGCGGACAGUGACCGUAUCCUCGGUGUCCAUAUUCUGGGACCGCAAGCCUCAGAAUUAGUAGCCCAGGCGGUCAUCGCGAUGGAGUUCGACGCCAGCGCAGAAGAUUUAGGUCUGAUCAUGUUUGCUCACCCGACAUUAUCCGAAUCGGUGCAUGAAGCCGCCCUGGGUGUUGCCGGGCAUGCCAAGGGGCUAUUUGCCGAAUACGGCUUACCCGUCUCAGAAGGCUACGCAGUAGAUACUGCAGAGGAAGCUGUUGAAGCAGCCAAAAAAAUUGGCGGUGACCGCUGGGUUGUCAAAGUGCAGGUCCAUGCUGGCGGCCGAGGCAAGGCCGGCGGCGUUAAACUGGCCGACUCUUAUGACGAAAUCAGAGCCUUUGCAGAGCAGUGGAUCGGCAAAAACCUGGUCACCUUUCAAACAGAUGAAAAUGGUCAGCCCGUCAGCAAAAUCUAUGUAGAAAGCUGCACUGACAUUGACCAGGAGUUGUAUCUGGGUGCAGUUGUGGACCGUGGCAGCCGCCGGGUAAUCUUUAUGGCUUCAACAGAAGGCGGUGUCGAAAUUGAAACCGUCGCCGAAGAAACGCCUGAGAAAAUCCUCCGUGCAGUCAUCGACCCCUUUGUGGGUGCCCAGCCUUAUCAGGGUCGGGAACUGGCAUUUGCGCUCGGCCUGGAAGGUGCCCAGGUGCGUCAGUUUACUAACCUGUUUAUGGGGCUGGCUAAGCUGUUCGAAGAAUCCGAUUGUGCGCUGCUGGAGAUCAACCCUCUUGUCGUGACCAGCGAAGGCAAUAUUCACUGCCUGGACGCGAAAGUCACCAUCGACGGUAACGCGCUGUACCGACAGCCGAAACUCGCUGCGAUGAAUGAUCCGAGUCAGGAAGAUGAACGCGAAGCUCAGGCAGCCGCGUUUAACCUUAACUACGUCGCGUUAGACGGCACCAUCGGUUGUAUGGUGAAUGGCGCCGGGCUUGCGAUGGGCACGAUGGACCUGGUGAAGCUGCAUGGCGGUAACCCGGCAAACUUCCUUGAUGUAGGCGGCGGCGCGACUAAAGAAGCGGUUGCCGAGGCAUUUAAGAUUAUCCUGUCUGACGAAGCUGUUACGGCGGUGCUGAUCAAUAUCUUUGGCGGCAUUGUCAGCUGUGCAACUAUUGCCGAAGGCAUUAUCGGUGCAGUUGAAGAAGUUGGUGUCAAUGUACCCGUGGUUGUUCGAUUUGAAGGCAAUAAUUCUGAGCUCGGUAGAAAAACGCUGGCCGACAGUACCCUGCACAGCGAACAGGCGCUUGCCUAUGGCACGCAACUGGUAGGCGGUGUUACACCCGGGAAAGGUGGUACAACCCAUCUCGGUCUGCCGGUUUUUAACACCGUGGCUGACGCGGUUGCCGCCACCGGCGCUACCGCAUCCGUGAUCUAUGUACCUGCGAGCUUCUGUAAAGAUUCAAUCCUGGAAGCUCUGAAUGCGGGCAUCAAACUCAUCGUGUGUAUCACCGAAGGCAUUCCAACCCUGGAUAUGCUGGCUGUCAAAGCACGCCUGGAUAUCAGUGACGCACGUAUGAUCGGACCAAACUGUCCUGGUGUGAUUACACCUGGAGAAUGCAAAAUUGGCAUCAUGCCAGGUGAUAUUCAUCUGCCGGGUAAAGUGGGCAUCGUGUCGCGCUCAGGCACCUUGACUUACGAAGCCGUCAAGCAGACUACGGAUCGUGGCUUUGGCCAGAGCACCUGUGUCGGUAUUGGUGGCGAUCCUAUUCCUGGCAGCCACUUCAUCGACAUUCUGACAAUGUUUCAGGAAGAUCCAGAUACAGAAGCCAUUGUCAUGGUCGGAGAAAUCGGCGGCACAGCUGAGGAAGAAGCAGCGGCCUUCAUCAAAGCCAAUGUCACCAAGCCCAUUGUUGGCUACAUCGCAGGCGUGACGGCCCCUCCGGGGAAACGUAUGGGCCAUGCGGGGGCGAUCAUCGCUGGCGGAAAAGGUACCGCAGAUGAGAAGUUUGCCGCGCUUGAAGAUGCCGGCGUGCGCACAGUACGCAGCCUGGCUGAAAUCGGCGUAACGUCAGAGGCAGGGCACAACAUCGCGUAUGCCAUUGAUAAGCUGAGAUUCAAAGCGUUAGAAAAUCCCGAAUUACUGGGUGACGAUGCUGAUUACCAUAUCGACAUCACCUUUGAUAAAGACGCCAAGACGCUCACGAUUACCGACAAUGGCAUCGGCAUGACCUAUGAAGAGGUGAUUACCAACCUCGGCACAAUUGCCAAAUCGGGCACCGCCGAGUUUCUGUCACAUCUGACGGGGGACCAGGCCAAAGACGCCCAGCUCAUCGGCCAGUUUGGUGUCGGAUUUUACAGCGCCUUCAUGGUGGCUGAUGAAGUCGAGGUUGCUACCCUGGGAGCAGGCGCUGAUCAGGGUGUGUUGUGGCGUUCAGCCGGUGAAGACGCGUACGAUAUUGAGAAAAUUGAGCGCGCCCAGCGCGGCACAUCCGUCACGCUGCAUUUAAAGGAUGACGCGCUGGAUUUUGCUGAAGACUAUCGAUUGCGUUCAGUGGUACGGCGCUAUUCUGACCAUAUUGGUGUGCCUGUGCGCAUGCUGGAACAGCUAUCGGCAGAAACUGAUGACGCCCAGGACGCUGAAGAAAAAGUAGCCGCCUUUGAAGCGGUUAACUCAGCUCAGGCGUUAUGGACGCGGCCUCGCAGCGAAGUUUCUGACGAAGAAUAUACUGAGUUCUAUAAACACGUUUCCCAUGACUUUGAAGACCCGCUCUCCUGGAGCCACAAUAAAGUUGAGGGCAAACUGGAAUACAACAGCCUGCUGUAUAUACCCAAGCGUGCGCCUUUUGAUCUGUAUCAGCGCGAUAUUCCGCGGGGUCUGAAACUCUACGUUCAACGUGUCUUUAUCAUGGAUGAUGCAGAGCAAUUUCUGCCGCUCUAUUUACGCUUCGUUAAAGGGGUUAUAGAUUCAAAUGAUCUGCCCCUGAAUGUCUCCCGCGAGAUACUGCAGGAAGAUGACCGGGUCACUUCAAUUAAAAACGCUUUGACCAAACGUGUGCUCAACAUGCUGGACACCAUGGCCAAAAAGGAACCGGAAAAAUACCAGACUUUCUGGGACGAAUUUGGCGAAGUGUUGAAAGAAGGGGCAGGGGAAGACUUUGCUAAUCGGGAAGCAUUGGCCAAACUGCUGAGAUUCGCCAGCACAAAAGGUGAGGGUGCUAACAAGAUGGUCAGCCUGGAUACCUAUCUCGAGCGCAAAAGCGAAGAACAGGAUGUGAUCUAUUACAUCUGUUCUGAAACCUACGAAACCGCCAGUCGCAGCCCGCACCUGGAAAUGUUUAAAGACCGCGACAUCGAAGUGUUGCUGAUGUUUGACCGCAUUGAUGAGUGGUUGAUGAGUUCGCUGACGCAAUACGGCGACGUCCAGUUUGUUGAUGUGAUGCGCGGCGAUGUGAGCUUGCCUGGCGAAGACAAAAAUGCCAGUGAAGACGAUGACAAAAACGAAGAAGAAGACGAGAAGCAUCCGCUAGUUGAACGCAUCGCAGCUGUUCUAGGUGACAAGGUUGACAAAGUCAGGCCUUCUAAAAGAUUGACCCAGUCUCCUGCCUGCCUGGUACUUUCCGAGGACGCCAUGGGUGUGCAGAUGCGCAAAAUCCUUGAAGCCAGCGGACAGUCUAUGCCUGAAUCUAAACCGAUUUUUGAGUUCAACCCGAACCAUCUGUUACUGCAGCGUUUGGACAAGGAGCCUGAUGAAGAUCGUUUUGCCGAGCUGGUUGGCAUUCUAUUUGAUCAGGCCAGUCUUGCUGAAGGCGGCGCGCUUACCGAUCCGGGCGCAUACGUUGAGCGUUUGAACCUGGAAAACCACACCGUCGCAAGCUUGAUUGAGGCGGUGCACGGGCUGUUUCAAAGCAACCCCUUGAGUUACGGGCAUGGUACAGACAAUGCCUGGGACGAAGCGGUUGCUUUGGUGCUGACGGUCACAGGCCUGCAAGAUGACGAAUCUGUGCUGAAUACACAGGUGCCGGCUUCACAGGCUUCCCAUUGCUUAGCGGUUGCACAAUUACGUAUUGAUAGGCGUGUGCCUCUGGCCUACAUAUUGGGUCAGACCCAAUACGCAGGUUAUACAUUUAAAGCAGAGGAGGGCGUGAUCGUGCCACGCUCCCCGAUCGGCCUGUUACUCAGCGAUGGUCUGCAGCCCUGGCUACCCUCGUCCGUCAAAUCAAUACUUGAUCUGUGCUGCGGUAGUGGCGUUCUGGGGAUUGUUGCAGCACAUAUCUUCCCGCACGCCAAAGUGACACUCGUUGAUGUGGACCCUCAAGCAUUGCACCUUACAAAAACCAACGUCGCCGAACAUAACCUGGCUGAACGUAUUGAGGUCAUCGAGGCAGAUGUCCUCAAGCAGGGGGCGUUCAUGCAGAAGUUUGAUCUCAUCAUCACCAAUCCGCCUUAUGUUGAUGCGCUGGACAUGUCGAGUCUGCCUGCUGAAUAUGCAGCUGAGCCGGAACUGGCGCUGGCCGGCGGUGCAGACGGUCUUGUUUUCAUUGACGCGAUUAUUGAAAAACUGCCGCUGUGGCUGAAGACUACGGGGCUUCUGGUUGCUGAGGUAGGCGCCAGCGCACCAGCGCUAAUACAGAAAUAUCCACACCUGCCGCUUAUCUGGCUGGAUCUGCCGAUGGGUGGAGAAGGUGUUUUUGUGCUUGAAGGCGCAGCGCUAAAUUCCCAUACUGCGCCCCGCUUGCAGGGACUGGAACUGAGCGAGGCGGAUCUGCAGCCGGAUCUGGACCGACGCCGGCCCGGCCAAUCCAAAUAUACAACCCAACGCAAAGAAUCUGAUCAGGUCAAGAUACUUUCAGGCGUUUUCGAAGGCAAAACAACCGGCACGUCUAUUGGCUUGUUAAUUGAAAAUGAAGACCAGAAAAGCAAAGAUUACAGCAACAUCAAAGAUAUCUUUCGCCCGGCUCAUGCCGACUUUACUUACGAUGGUAAAUACGGCAUUCGUGAUUACCGGGGCGGAGGCCGCUCUUCAGCAAGAGAAACAGCCAUGCGCGUGGCGGCAGGCGCCAUCGCUAAAAAAUAUCUUGCCCAACAGGCGGGUAUAAAAAUAUUCGGCUUCCUGUCUGGUAUUGGUGACAUCAGAAUCCAGUUGAAAGACGCCAGUCAAAUUGAGCAGAACCCAUUCUUCUGCCCUGACGUUGCAGUGCUGGAUGAUAUUGCCGCCCUGAUUGACAGCUUGCGCCGUUCAGGCGAUUCCGUGGGUGCUGAAGUCAGCGUGCACGCCACCGGUGUGCCGGUUGGUCUGGGUGAGCCGGUAUUCGGUAAACUUGAUGCGGACCUGGCUGGUGCAUUGAUGAGCAUAAAUGCCGUAAAGGCAGUCCAGAUGGGUGAUGGUGUCGAUGUUGUGGCGCAACGCGGCACUGAACACCGCGAUGAGAUAACCCCGGACGGUUUCACCAGCAACCACGCUGGCGGUGUGCUGGGCGGCAUUUCCUCCGGACAGGAUCUGAUCUGCAAAAUCUCGCUGAAACCAACCAGCAGUCUAACGACACCGGGUCGUUCAAUUGAUACCAGUGGCAAUCCCGUAGAAGUUGUCACCAAGGGUCGUCACGAUCCCUGUGUGGGCAUUCGUGCGACACCUAUAGCCGAGGCCAUGAUGGCCAUCGUGCUGAUGGACCAUUAUCUGCGCCACCGAGGCCAGAUAGGUGGGUUCAAAACCGUUUAG